CAUCCUUAAUUGCUGUGUACUUAAAUAAAAUUGUUGUGGUUUUCAUGUAAAAAUUCAUUGAAUAUUUUGUUCUAUUCUUUAUUUUACUUUCACAUUAGUAUCCUAUAGUUGUACUUUUCACUUGUUUCAUAUUCGUUUUAUUAAACUUUAUCAGGAUGACAAUGGGUGAUGAAUUGCCUGUCACAUCUUUAGUUUUGCCCGUUCUUAUUCGUCCUGUUUUGACACAGUUGGAAAAAUAUGAUCUUGGAGCAUCGCAGACGUUGCGUGCAGCGCUCACGAAAGCAGAAGCAGCUGUUCCAGGCCUUAACUAUGACUUGGUGGCAGGAAUAAUGAGGAGAGCUGAUAUACCUGUCAAUAUGAAUGAAAGCUUACUUCGACUUCAAGGCACUCUCACUGAAGCUGAGUGUACUGAUUUGAGAUUGAAUAGAAGCGAGGAAGCAUUCCAAGAAUUGAAUAAGAAAUCCACAGCACUGAAGAAAAUAUUGAGUCGCAUACCUGAUGAAAUCACAGACAGGAAAACUUUUCUUGAAACUAUUAAGGAAAUAGCAUCAGCUAUUAAGAAAUUACUAGAUGCGGUGAAUGAAGUGUCAACUUAUACUCCAGGGGCAGGGAAACAAGUACUUGAACAAAGAAAAAGGGAAUUUGUUAAAUAUUCAAAGCGAUUUUCUAAUACAUUGAAGGAGUAUUUUAAGGAAGGACAGGCCAAUGCUGUGUUUGUUAGUGCAUUAUAUUUGAUUCAUCAGACCAACCAAAUCUUGUAUACUGUUAAAAGCAAGUCUGAAUAAUUUACCGACUUAAAGAAAAGUAUUCUUUAAUUUAUGUUGACUAUAACUUUUUAAUUGUUGCUUUAACUUUAGUUACGGUGUUUGUUGUUUCUACCAUAAAUGGUUAAAAUGUAGUAAAUAAUCAAAAUUAUUUGAUUUAGGUGUAUAUUUCCUUUUAUUUUUUAUUAGUAUUCAUGUGAAGUACAUGUUAAUGGGGAAAUAAUAUUUAAAAGUUGAAGUUUUAAGU